AUCAUACGUUCAGUUUACAGUUAAUAAUGUGCAUACAUCUAGUGGUAAUGAGUCAUCUAUGCUAGAUUGUUUCCACUCGCAGCUCCACUAUUGUAAUACCGACCACGACCGUUCCUAACAUGUAAGUGUUAUGAAGAUCUGCUACAGCACAAAACGUCUGUGCACAAGUGGAAUUGAACAGGUUAUGUUGCAAGAGUUCUGUCACACACUUCUCUCGCAUUCCAGCUGACAUCAACAGCAUUGAGAAUGCGCAGCAUUGUUUCGGGUUUACAGUCCCAUAUCCAGCAAAGGCAGAAAACCUUUUCUUGCCCGAUGUAAAUAAGCUUGAACUAAAGAUAGCGUUCUGUAAUUUAAUCAGACACUUGCCGGUUUUACUGGCGGCCUUGACGAGGAGCUGCUUUAAAGGAAGCAGAAGACAAAGACUGAUUGCUGAAAAUAUACGAGACGAUAAACACAAUCUCCAAUUCUGCUGUGGUAAUUUUCACAUGAGACCCACAUCGGACUACUGAUCUGCACUGUCCUGAACCAUGACCAGCUUGAAGAUUGAAAAGGAGGCACCUAGAUGAACUACUCAUCAGUGAUAUUUUCGAAACUUCUGAAUCUCCUUACCAUUUCCAGGCUCCAACUGAACGUGUUCCAGUUUUAUUUGCAGCGAAGUGCAUCCCGGAACUCAACCAGUGCUCCUCCCAGGUUGCCGGCAAAUCGGCUGUUGCUGCACUUGAACUGCAAACGAAAUGGGGCUUCGGCACAUCAUAACCACAGUCUUCGUGUUGACUCCCGACACCCGUGCUGCUGACGCACAGUAACCAGAAGCAUACAACAGUUGGUCGAUCCUGUUGGGCCAGCCUCUCCACGCAUCACCCAUCAUCUGAGAGGAAGUUUGCAGCCUUCAAAGCUCCAGUGAGAAUUUUGCAACCGCUGGGAGACCAACUUUCAUCGCACUGCUGCCCACCAGGACCGUGCAGUCCUCCCCCUGUGCUCCUAAUCCCAGAAAGCUUGCCACUGUGUUUUUGUCCGUUGAAUCAGCAGCCAUGGGCUUCACAGUGCCAUGCUGUAUUUGAAACUGUUGCUGGAGGUGACUCGACGACAGACUGUGCUGCCUUGGAAGUGACGCUGAACAGUAGUGCUCAGAAUGGGCGUUUGGAGCCUACGUGUUAAGGUGGCUGAAGAGCUGUGAGGAGAUUGUUUCAGGAACGAGGGGAAAGCUGCAAGUAUACGGCUGCAGUGGGUUCAGGAUUGAUACGUGAGAAGAAGAUGUGACAAGGGCACAUGGAUGUGUUGCAGUGAGCAGGGGUGAGAAUGGGAGUGUGAGAAUGAGGGCGAUGUUGUAGAAUGAGGGGCGAAUGGUGAGUGAACGCAAGGACGGAAAGCCAUGGCAGUGAAUCACAGGGAGCUUGAGUUUGUGGGUAUGUAGGUUUUUACAUGAUAUUGGAAUCGGACGUCUGUUGCUGCACAUUCAUGUGCAGUGAACGAUGUGAUCUGACAGAAAGGUGACAAAGAAACCAGAAUCAAGAGAUAGCAAGCGGAUAUGCGCUCUGGUGCCAUAGGCGGAAGAAUUCAUUCGAUGGGUUCGGUUUCUCGACCAUUCUCAGCAAGCGUCUUUGUGAUCACCCAACCUUGGUGAAGAAACUUGACAUAGCUAACCUGCGAACCUCGUCUUGAAUGACGAUGUCACGGCGGACCGAUCAAGUUGAGUUAGCAUUUGUCGGUGAAUUGCAAGUAGCUACUAGUCCUGGCUACCGUGUGACAAGACCUACAAGACGUACCCGGUAACUAUAGAGCUUAGGAACAGCACGCUAUUGACCACGGUCUUUUGCAAACAUUAACAACCCAAUUCAAAUCCGUAUUGGACUAUAAUUGGAAAUCGGUUGCACACAUAAAAAGAAAAUUGGAGUUUAUGUGAUUGUAGUUGCAAGACACACAAAUGGAAAGAAAAGAAGCCGUAACGACUCGAUUAAACUACUAAUUUAUUGCAACUUGAAGGACAACGAAGUUGCGUAGACACUCACCGUCUGGAUCUCACAAAUUUCCACUGAAAUCACACCAAAGCCCUUGCUUCGCCCCUUGAAUUAUUACAGAAUCCCUUGCCAAACACGCAUGUAUUGGAAGAGACACUGCCGUGGAAUUCAAGCCUCCUCUUGUUUUCCAUGGGGCACCACUUGGCCGUGUCAAGCGGUAGACGUUGUGUCCAUGUCAACGACUCUCCAGUUUUCGCUUCAUCUCCUCAAUGCAUUCCGGCAGUUUCAGGUUGCCUAAUCCCAGUUUUGUCUUCGACAUUUCGAUGAUCGCGAUGGUGAAAGUGGAAUUAAAGAAUGGGCUAACAGAAUCUGAAGCAACAACUCUGCUACAGCUACAAGAGGGCGGCGCUUUCAUUAGUUCUGUUGGGGUUCGAUUCAGCGAUUUAUGAGAUCAUGGUGUGUUCGUUACUGUAGCUAACUGUCGUUGAUUUUGGUGCCAGUGGCAGUGGUGGUCGGCGGAUUUGGUGGUCGUCGGUAGGGAAAAGGGGCUACACCAAUGUUGGGUGUAUAUUAGCUUACCAGUUUACGUAGCGUGAGUUUCGGUUUUUGGAUGAGAGAUUAGGGCUUUUCGCGAGGGGUUAGGGCCGGUGCUGCGGGCUGAAUUCCCCAAGCGGAAGCUCUGCGGAAUAGCGUUUCCGGUGGAUCGGGCGAUUAAGGUCAAGAAGGGAAUAGUACUCAUGGCUGCACUGGGGAAAGAAUUGCCGCUGGACAUUUUGAUGAGGAUUUUUGGGUUCCUCCCUGUGCCCUCUUUGUGUCGGCUGCGGGUCGUUUGCAAGCAGUGGAAUGCCUUGAUAGACUCCUCUGAGUUUGGUACUCUUCGUGCUCUAGCUCCACAACAACGAUUCUAUGUUCUCCUCACUCCCAGCAGGUGUUGUAACUCCGACGCAGGGUGGUGCGUCUUAGACGUAGCUGACGAGAGGUUCUACAACCUGGAUAGUAGUUAUCUCGUCGAUUAUGCGAAGAGGGAAAAUCCUACUGGGGACAAAAGUUACUCCCUCGAUACAGUGGACACAUCGGGUGGGCUUUUCCUUGUGUCAUAUAGGAGGAAAGAUGUGUCGCAGAGGUUGAACGUUCUCUACGUCUGCCAUCCUGUGACGAAAACCCUAAAACAGCUGCCUCGAAAUGUAAAUAUGGCUCAUGAGUUGAUCUUACCGAUACUGACAGUAGAUUAUUCGACCAAGACUUACAAAGUUAUAUGCCUCGGGGAGCAGAUGCACAUGUAUGACUCGCGGGAUAGUGAGUGGAGUGAGCUGGCUAAUCCGCCAAACAAGGCAGACGUGGUGUGUAGUGCUGUGUGUAACAACAUAGUUUACACUGUCUUUGGUGAACGCUCUUGUCACAUGCUGCUUACAUACAAUUUACUUGAGGAUGCGUGGAGCAAUGAAGUCGCCGAAUUGCCAUACAACUCUUUUGUACAGCUAGUUGUUGUUAGCGGGGAAGUUUACCUCGUUGCUGGCUCCCGAACGAGCUGCUUUUGUGGACAGGAGAUGUGCUUAAAGUCAUUUAUAACAAUUUCCAAGGUAUUAACACCUCCUAGGGCUCCUGAGAAAAUUGCGUGCAUGCCAGAAACUUGGCAUGCAUUGCUCUACCCUCCACAUCAAGGCUGGAACAAUUGCGACGGUAUUCCAAUGUUCGUUGCGGUUGCUCUUGAGCGCGCAAUUGUGUUUACAUCUGCUAGCGGGAGGUUUGUAGUGUAUGAUUUGACUAAAGGCUUGUGGCGCUCGGUGCAGAUACGGCAUCAGUACACCCGGAAACUCGCUGCGAGCUCUACAACCUUGAACCCAGGCUUUCUGCUCUAACCGAAGGAAAUCUCACCUGUCUAUAGUCUUUAAUCCUGAUGUAGCUGACACCUUGUGUCACUUAUGUAUGAUACAGGACUCUUUUGGUGGUCUGUGAUCUGCUGUGUUUAUUGUCAAACAUUUGAUAUGUUGAAAGCUCCUGUUCUUCAUUUUGGAACGGAUGCUUUCACGAUACUCUUUUACUACAGCGAGUUGUGCAAGGAUUGCAGUUGCUGGAAGUACUUACAAGAUGGUGAUCAGUUUGUACCUUGUAGAUAAUUGGUAGAUGUAGGAGGUAUUGUGAUUGUAAUCACUCAGAAGUAGUGUUUACAGCUCGUAACCACCACUUCGGGAAGUUUCUCCAGCAAGUAUAUAUUAUUUUCUUUUAGAAUUAAGCCAAAUCGUGUGCUGAAUUUCCUAUUCGUCUUCAA